CGCCCCACCCCUUUAAAUCGCGGUGUUGUCACAUCAAGAGCUGUAGGCUCAGAUUUAGCUCUUUCUGUGAUGACCGUGCAUAUUAAAGACACAACUUUUCUAUAGCCUCAGGAGCUAUAAUCCAUCCGGAGUUGUUGUUUCUUCAACAUUUCCUAAUUUACCGUUGCAAUGCACGGUCUCGCCGGGCUCGUCUGCCUCCCCGCCACCCUGGUCCUCUUUCUGCUAUCCUGCUGGAGACCAGCCCGGGGAUAUUUUGCGGAGGAGCGCUGGAGCCCCGAGUCUCCGCUGCUCGCUCCCCGGGUCUUCGUCACCCUCAUCUGCAGAAACUCCCAGCACUCUUUACCGUAUUUCCUCGGUACUAUUGAGCGCCUCAACUAUCCAAAGGAACGCAUGGCACUGUGGGUAGCGACCGAUCAUAACGAGGACAACACCACAGAUAUUCUGCGUGACUGGCUUGUCAAGGUGCAGAACUUGUACCAUUACGUGGAGUGGAGGCCGAAAGAGAAACCCAGACGCUAUGAGGAUGAAGAUGGUCCGAAGCAAUGGACAGAUCUCCGUUAUGAGCACGUGAUGAAGCUUCGGCAAGUAGCGCUGGAGUCAGCUCGUGAGAUGUGGGCGGACUACUUUAUGUUGGUGGACUGCGAUAACCUUCUCACCAAUCCAGAUGUGCUGUGGAAGCUCAUGAAAGAGAAUAAGACCAUUAUAGCUCCAAUGCUUGAAUCCCGUGCAGCCUAUUCGAACUUCUGGUGUGGAAUGACCUCCGAGGGUUACUAUAAGCGCACCCCUGCCUAUUUGCCCAUGAGGAAGCAUAUGCGGAAGGGCUGUUUUGCAGUUCCCAUGGUCCACUCCACUUUCCUGAUAGAUCUCAGGAAAGAGGCGUCAAGGCAGCUGGCCUUUCACCCGCCACAUCCAAAAUACAGCUGGGCUUUCGAUGACAUCAUUGUGUUUGCCUUCUCUGCUCGGAUGGCAGAUGUUCAAAUGUUUGUAUCUAACAAAGAGACCUAUGGUUACUUCCCUGUGCCAUUGCGAUCCCACAAUACUUUGCAAGAUGAAGCUGACAGCUUCUUGCACUCCGUGCUGGAGGUUAACGUGCGAAAUCCCCCAGUGAUGCCUUCCAAAUACAUACGUGUUCCUAGCAAACAACCUGACAAACUGGGCUUUGAUGAGGUGUUCAUGAUAAACUUGCAGAGGCGGACUGACCGCCGAGAACGUAUGCUGAGGGCAUUGUAUGAGCAGGAGAUGACUUGUAAGGUCAUUGCAGCUGUCGAUGGAAAAGCGAUGAAUGUCAGUGAAAUUCAUACUAUGGGCAUCCAUAUGCUCCCUGGAUACAGUGACCCUUAUCACGGCCGCCCGCUUACAAAGGGAGAGCUGGGAUGCUUCCUUUCCCACUAUAACAUCUGGAAAGAGAUUGUAGAGCGAGGCUUGAAAACAUCUCUGGUGAUUGAAGAUGAUCUGCGCUUUGAGAUCUUCUUCAAAAGGCGAUUGAUGAACUUGAUGAAUGAAGUGGAGGAAGAAGGGCUGGACUGGGAUCUCAUUUAUAUUGGUCGGAAGAGAAUGCAAGUGGACCACCCAGAGAAAGCUGUUCCCAAUAUACAUAACUUAGUGGAAGCUGACUAUUCGUAUUGGACUCUAGGCUAUAUGAUAUCAUUACAAGGUGCAGAGAAGCUUAUGAAAGCAGAACCAUUAAAGAGGAUUUUGCCAGUGGAUGAAUUUCUUCCUAUCAUGUACAAUAAACAUCCUGUGUCUGACUACAUGGAGCAGUUUGAGACCAGGGACCUGAAGGCAUUUUCAGCAGAGCCUCUUCUAGUGUAUCCAACCCACUACACUGGCGAUUCAGGUUACAUCAGCGACACAGAAACCUCCACAGUGUGGGACAAUGACAAGGUCCGCACAGACUGGGACAGAGCGCGCUCAGGAAAAACUCGGGAGCAAGCUGAGAUCAGCACUGAGGCGCAGAACUCAGAUGUGCUCCAGUCUCCUUUGGACAGCACAGCACGGGACGAGCUAUGAAAGGAACUGAAUGAAGACCUUGAAGGUGCUUAGAGCAAAUCAUAUUAGUUUUUCAAUUAUGUUUCAUCUAUGAUACCCUUGAUUUUUGCAUCACAGCGGGGAUGUGACAAGUUAAAAAAGGGAUCAGGUGUGUUUUCUGUCGAGUCCGUUUUUAGUUUUUACGUUAUAAAGGCACUAGACUUGCCAUAUGGAAUGGCAUUUGCAGUACCCAACUUGUGUCUGUCAUACAGAAAUGAACCUAUAAGCAAAGAGCUCAAUUGGACUGUCACAUUUCAGUCUUCGGACAGUUAGCUACAUUGUCAUAAUUUGACAUUACACUGUGAAAUUUUAUUCAUAAAAUUCUACAAAUGAAUUAGGCUACAAUUAUAUGUGACUGAAAUCAAGAUUUAGACCGACAUUCAUGUCUUCAAUCAGCCAGCAGUUAGUCUAAGUUCAAUGGUCUCUGUUGUGAAAACUGCAAGAGGAGAAACAUCUGCAUGUCCUUUGAUUUGAUCUUUAGUAUUUUCUCUUACUAAAUUUCAACAUGUUUGUCAUUUGAAUAAUCAUUAGUUAACACUUUAGAUGCUUACAGCUGAGCUUUACAAAACACACAAGCAACAGUUUCUGUUAACCCCUAAUCGCUGAUUCAUGGUGCUACUGUAGUGUAGAAACCAUUGAAAUCUGUUAUUUCUGUGUCCCUUGGUGCCACUUCAGGAUUGUUUCCAGACCAAUAUUGCCAACCAGCUGUUGACAGGGUUAUAGGCGAGGCAAACCAUUGUACACGCCUUAGACUUGGUGGUUUGGGAGGAACAUGGUUACAAAUGCCCUUCAAGGUCCCGCAAAAAGGCCUCACCCAGGCACAUCCAAACACACAUCCGUCAGUCUCUCCACCUCUUAAUCACACUUCCACUGUUAAAUCUGAAUUUGAGCAUUUUGGGUGAGCAAGACUUGAUAAAAGGCCCCUGCGAGGGAUAAGAUGUAAAGUUUGGAUCAUCUUGCUUUUCACAGCUUUUUUUAUUCUGUCGUGGUUUUGACUCACAUGGCUACACCAAAUCUCCCAAGAAGUUGAUUUCUGCUGGUUAACUUAAGUUCACCCACAGAUCGUGCACAACAAUGUUUGUGGUCCAUUGUGCCAACAACAAAUAAUAAAAUGUUUUAUUUUUAAAAAAAAAAAAUUGAAUUUGUGAAUACUGUGAUUGGAUGUGCGCUGUCAUGCUAGUGUAAGCAGUUGUUCACUGUUAAUGUAGGUUGUCUCUAUUUAACUUAUGACAGGGGAAUGCUGUUGCCAAUUAUAAUAUACUGUGAACACAGGCAGGCAUGAGAAACAGUUAACAUAACUUUAUUCUUUAGAGCAAAAGUUCACUUCAUGACAGAACAUUUUGAUGUAUUAUUGUAGCAUCCUUUGUGGGAUUAUUGAGACUUCAUUUCCACCUCAUGUGCAAUGGGACCUGCACAUGGAUCUGCUCAAGGAUGGUGCGCUAUCCAUUGCAUUAACUUUACAGUCACUGAGAAACACACUGAUUGGGUACAUUAGCCACUGCCAAGCAUGUAGCACUGAGCUUGUUCUCACUUGUUUUAUCUAGGUUAUCCUCAAGGUGUCACCAUUUUACUGGCAGGCUUCUUCAACUUAAUUACUGUUCAGUACUACUGGAUGGAGGACAUUUUGAGAUAUGUUUGAUU